AUGUUGAAUUUGUAUUGGGGUGCCGCAUCGAGUCAAAGAGUAAAUGAAAUUAAUGACAUUGAUGUGUUUUUCCUAAAAUAUUAUGAAAUUUCCAUCUUAUACAAUGAGAAGAUAAAGAAGUAUCAUGAUCAAAAGAUUGAAAAGCGUGAAUUUGCUAUGGGUGAUCUGGUGCUUCUAUUCAACUCAAAGUUGUGGUUAUUUCAUGGCAAGACUAAUUCCAAGUGGAACGGGCCAUUGAAAGUCACUCAAGUGUUUCCACAUGGAGAGCUCGAGCUCGAGAAGAAGGGAACAGGGUUUAAGGUGAACGGGCAAAUGAUCAAAGUCUACAUGGGGAAGUUGGACAGUGUGCAAGAAGUGAUUGAGACCUAUUACCCUUGA